GGAAGCCGGGAUCUCCGCCCCUUCCGCUUCCGCGGCUCGCCGCUUCCGCUUCCGGCUGCGCUCCUUGAGGCGGCCAUUUUGGAGCCGGAGCCGCAAAGAAGGGAAGCGGAGGAGGAGGCGGGCGGCGGCGGCGGCGAGGCCUCCGGAAAGGGCUGGAAAGAAACAGAGUUAAAUGGAAGUAGUUCCCAAGGCCAGGUCCUCUGGGGCGGCAGGAAGGCCAAGGGACAGCUGGCUGUGGCGAGGGCCUCGCUCCUGAAACGGCGGCGUCUGCGCAGGAGGUAGCAGGGCGCCCUCACCAUGUUCUGGAAAUUUGACUUGAAUGCCACGUCGCACGUUGACAAGCUGCUGGAGAAGGAGGAUGUGACUCUGCAGGAGCUGAUGGACGAAGAUGACCUCCUCCAGGAGUGCAAGGCGCAGAACCGGAAGCUGGUGGACUUCCUCUGCCAGCCAAGCUGCAUGGAGGAGCUGGUCCGCCUCAUCACCCAGGAGCCCCCCCUGGACAUGGACGAGAAGGUCCGCUUCAAGUACCCCAAUACGGCCUGCGAGCUGCUGACCUCCGACGUGCCACAGAUCAAUGACAGGCUUGGAGGAGAUGAGGCCCUGCUGAGCGUCCUCUACGAUUUUCUCGACCACGAGCCGCCCCUGAACCCGUUGCUGGCCAGUUUCUUCAGCAAGACCAUCGGCAACCUCAUAGCCAGGAAGACAGAGCAGGUGAUUGCAUUUUUGAGGAAGAAGGAGCACUUUAUCGACCUGGUCCUGAAGCACAUCAACACGUCAGCCAUGAUGGACCUGCUCCUGCGACUCAUCAGCUGCGUGGAGCCGUCCCAGCUGCGCCAGGAAGUCCUGAACUGGCUGAAUGACGCAAAGGUUAUCCAGAGACUUGUGGGCCUGAUCCACCCCAGCCAGGAUGAGGACCGGCAAUCUAAUGCUUCCCAAACUCUGUGCGACGUCAUCCGGCUGAGCAGAGACCAGGGCAGCCAGCUCCAGGAGCCCCCCGAGGCCGACCCCCUCCUGGCAGUGCUGGAAUCGCAGGAAUGCGUGGAGCAGCUCCUGAAGAACAUGUUUGAUGGCGAGCGCACGGAGAGCUGCAUCGUGAGUGGCACCCAGGCCCUCCUGACCCUCCUGGAGCCCAGGCGCGCGGGCGUGGAGGGGCUGGUGGACUCCUUCUCCCAGGGGGGCGAGAGGCCUUACACCAUCAGUGGCAGCGUCCUGUCUGGCAUCGAGCCCCGGCUGAGCGACUUCCAUGAGCUGCUGCUCCACCCGCCCAAGGCAGCCCCCAUCCUGACCACCAUCGGGGUCUUGGAGGAGCCACUGGGGAACGCCCGCCUCCACGGGGCCCGCCUAGUUGCGGCGCUUCUGCACACCAACACGCCCAGCAUCAACCAGGAGCUCUGCCGCCUCAACACCAUGGACCUGUUGCUGGACCUGUUUUUUAAAUACACUUGGAAUAACUUCCUGCACUUCCAAGUGGAGCUGUGCAUCGCCGCCAUCCUGGCCCUCUCCUCCUCAUCCUCCUCCUCGGUGCACGAGAACCAGCCCCCCCCAAGUGACGCAGAGAGGAAGGACGUGGCGGAGGGCGGCCUGGCCUCAGGGGAGGCGCCCAAGAACGGACGCCCCGAGAACAUCAUGCUCACACACCUGUUCCAGAAGUGCUGCCUGGUGCAGAGGAUUCUGGAUGCCUGGGAGACCAACGACCGGAUACAGGCAGAAGGGGGGAUGAGGCGCGGCAACAUGGGGCACCUGACACGCAUCGCCAACGCCGUUGUGCAGAACGUGGACAAAGGCCCCGUGCAGGCCCAGAUCAGCGAGUUCAUCAAAGGGCUCCCUGAGGAUUGCAGAGGGCGCUGGGAGAGCUUUGUGGAGGAGACGCUGACCGAAGCCAACCGGAGGAACACCGUGGACUUGGUGAGCACCCACCACCUGCACUCCUCCAGCGAAGACGAGGAUGCGGAAGCUGCCUUCUCCAAUGAGCUCUCGCUCCAGCAGGCCUUCUCAGAGUAUCAGAUCCAGCAGAUGACGGCCAAUUUUGUGGACCAGUUUGGCUUCAAUGAUGAGGAGUUUGCAGAACCAGAUGACAAUAUCAACGCUCCUUUUGACAGGAUUGCAGAGAUUAACUUCAACAUCGAUGCCGAUGAUGACAGCCCCAACGCGCCCCUCUUUGAAGCCUGCUGCAGCGAGCGCAUCCAGCAGUUUGAUGACAACGAGGAAGAGGAAGACAUCUGGGAAGAGAAGGAACGGAGCUACGCGGCCCGAGUCAAAUCCCGGACACGGUUUGGGCCGUCUCGCUCCUCGGAGGGAUCGUCCAGGAGUGACCUCGAGAACGGAGGGCCCGGCGGCAGCGGCAGCAGCCCCGAGUCCGGCGGAGAGGAGUCCCCGCGCCCGGCCCCCCAUCCCCUGGGCGGAAGCAGCGACCCCCCUGAAGGGGAGGAGGGGGAGAAGAGGGCAGGCCCCGACCCUGAAGGGUCUGCCUGGACGGCGGUGUUCGAACCGGUCAGCUCGACACCCCCCGCCUCCUCCUGCGUGGCCAUGGACGUGGGCUCCAGCGUGUGGGAUGCAGCCGCCCUGGACUCCAAGGCCCCCGAGGAGAGGGGCUGGGCCAAGUUCACGGAUUUCCAGCCCUUCUGCUGUUCGGAGGCCGGACCCCGGUGCAGUUCCCCCAUGGAGGCGGAGGGCAGCAGGAACUCUGAGGGAGGCCUGGCGCCCACCCAGGAGAAGGCCCCUCCUGGGGCCGCCCCCUCCCCUUGCGCCUGGAACGUCUGUGUGGCACGGAAGGCGCCCCUGGUGGCCUCAGACAGCAGCUCCUCCGGGGGCUCCGAGAGCGAGGAGGAGGAGGAGAGAGCAGGCGCCGUCCCCACAGAGACCCUGGCCACAGGCCCGGAAGCGCUCAAGGCGCCUGCAGAGGAGGCCAAGAGCGACGAGGAGGCUGUGCUCGCCAGCAACAGCAGCAGCAGAAGCAGUGCUUUGGUGGCCGUGGAGAAGGCGACCAAUGCCCUGGAGAACGCACCAUCUGCGGCUCCAGGCGACAGCGCUGCCCCGUCGCAGAGAAGCCCCCCCAGUUCUGCCGCCACUGCCGCCCCCUCCUCGGAAGCCAAGAGGGGCAGGAAGGAGGAGCUGCUGCCCGGAGGGGAGACCAUCCUGAACGGCCCGGCCUGAGGGAGGGGGGGAGGGGGCUGGGGGCAGGAGGGCGGUCCCGCCUGGGCGGCCACCCACAUCCAGCGGCCCUCCCUCCCUCCCUCGCAGUCGGACUGAUUCUGUGAAUGCCGCUCGGCUGGAGUGCGCUGGCGAUGCCUGAGGCAGGCGGAGGGAGGCCCGUCUCUUGGCCCGGCUGCUGCUGCUGCGGGGUCCCUCUUCACGGUGGUGGUGGCAGGGAAAAGGUCGUCUUGACCCAUGUCCUCCAGCCGCCCUCCCUCCCUCCCUCCCUGGCGGAGGCCGCUUGGCCGCCCGCCCCCCACUGCCUGUCUGCCUGGACGUGUGACCGCUUCCUGCUCCCCUUGGCUCGACGUGGGCAGGGGUCCCGCGCCCCGUUUGGCCUUCUUGCACCUUGGACUCAGCCUGUCUUUGGGGGGAGAGAGGGGUCACCCCACCUGGACGCUGCAGCUGAGCGAGUCCUUGCGGCACUUGGACACUUGUUUGUGUUGUGUAGCAAUAAUGCCUUUCCGGGACAUUGGCUGGAGAGAUGGGAUGGGGGGGGGGCUGGAAAAGGAGGGGCCGGGCCUCCGUCUGUGCCCUCCUGCUCUUUCAGGGAAGGGAGGGAGGGAGGACCCAGGCACACAGCCCUGCCGCCCUCUUUCUGCUAUUGGGAGGGGGGGGGUCCCCUGAGGCUCUCCUGUUCCUUUGGGGGGGGAGGGUGACUUGUGAUCUCGCUUUGGUUUUAGGGAAUAUUUUUAGCAGAUGCAGCACUGCAACACUUUGCACUUUGUGGCCUCUUCCCAGAGGGAGGUCUCUUGCCUGGAGGGGGAGGCAGUGCUUGGGACCACCUUGGGGGGGGGGGGCUGCCUUCGUUUGUCUGGGCUCUGCCUGCUCACCGCAUGACCUGGAGGCUCCUGAGUGGGAUUUCUUUGGGGGGGGGGGGUGUUCCACUCUACCAAUGCACAGUCGCCUUGCAUUUGGCUUUUGGAAUGGCCUCCCCCCCCCCCUUGAAGGGGCUCAGGGCAGGGCCACGGCCACGGCUCCUCUGCAGGGCAAAUGUCUCCCAUGAGGCCUGAGGGGGGAGGACUGCCCCCCGCCCUGCAUGUGUUGUGCCCCCCCCCAAAAGAAUUGCUGGUUUGUCCUUCUUCCUGGCCUGGCGCCCUUUUGCCCUGGGAGAGCCAAGUGGUGGGGGUCUCCUGCCAGUCGCCCUUUGGGCCUCUGACGCAGGGCUGCCCCCCCCUUCGCUCCCUCCCUCCCAAGAGACGGGCGUUGGGUGGCAACCAAAUACGUAGGUGGAGGCUGGAGGUCCCUCUCCCCACCUUGGGCUGAGGCCAGAGCCCUUCCUUCCAGCUGCCCCUUGAGGGAGCCUGGCCGCAUGGCUGCCCUGGGGCCAAAUUCAAGGCCCAGAGGAGUGGGUGGCCCAUGCUGCUGGGUGAGUGGCCCUAGGCCCCUUCUGAUGCUCUGGAGCAGGGACGGCCCGCCUCAUGGAUGGGGGGGGGGGGUCCGCUGGCCCCUCCUGUGCUCCCCAGUCAGUGUCCUUGGUCUGUGCUGGGAUUCUGCUGGGAAGUGCCUGCCUGAUUGCCCUUGGCUGGCAACGGCCCGUGUCCUGCAGGAAAGCGCCUUGCACACUUCAUUUGGCCCUUAUUCCUGUCCAUGUCUUCUCAGCUUUAGGGCAAAACCUCCUUCCAGUGGGCGGCGGGUCCAGAGGCAGCCCGAGCGAGUGAGUGGCCGGCAAGGGCUCUGGGAAGACAUUGGCGGGGGGGGGGGUACGGGUGGGGUCAAGGGUCAGCCAAGUCGCUCUGCAGCCUGUGUGGGCCGGACUGGCCCCCACCAGUGUUAGUUGCCAGACUCCUGCAAGUGGGGGGGGGGUUUCCUGGAGGUGUUUAAGGAGGGGCAGGGUGGCCGUCGGGAGAGCUGUGUGUCUUCCUGCCGGGCAGAAGGGCUGGGUGGACCAGAGGGCCCUGGGGGUCUCUUCCAACCCUAGGGGACCCCUUGGCACCCCCCUCCCCCUGCCCCCCCCACCCCCGUAAACCGGCUCACGACUUCAACUGCCAAACUUCCUUCCGCCAGCGGCCCCUUCUUCCUUCCCAGACCGACCCCAGGGCUGCUGGGAUGGCUCCUGUUGCAACCAUGUUUUACAAAAAAGUAUAAAACAGAACAAAACACA